UCAUUAGCAACAAGGUAACAUUCUAACGUAUUGUUUAUAGCUUGUUACCGCCGGGCCAUUCAGCAAGAAUUGGAUUGUUGUUAAUCAUCAUUGGAUUCGACCAAAUAUUUAUCUACAAAGAAAAAUACUCUAGUGCCAUUUAAAAAGCGAGAAGAUCUAGGACAUCGUUCAUUAGAUUAGAAAACAUGGGCUGUAAACAAUCAAAAGGCGCCAUCCGCAUCCAGCCCGUGGGUCCAGCCGAGAUCCGGAGGGACAACUCCAGACUGAAGAAAUGUAACAGUGAUAUGAACAUAGAGAGAGAUGUGAAUUCCAGGAAAAAGAGCUCCAUGCGCCGGACCAAGUCCCAGAAAUCGACCGGGAGCCACCUAACGGCGUCCUGCGCUAGUCUGGACUCUCAGCUCUCCCACGCAGACUCGCCCCGGGGACAGAGCGCCACAUCCAAGGUAUCCAAACACAGUACGGACUCCGGCCUCGGGGAGGAGUACGCCCACGUCAUCACGGAGUUCUCUGAGGAGCGGGCCGUCCAGAGGAUAGAGGAGGAGUUUGAGGAGCACAAUGAUCUGGAUCUAGGAAUAAGUGGUGUAGCUAUUCCAGUUCGCACUAGCGCCAAGGACCGCGAUCGCAUGCAGGAGGCCAUGAUAAUGCAAGCCCUGCGGGAGGAAGGUCUAAUCACCAGGCCCCAGGGGCAGGGGGCGUCAGGGUUAAGCUUCGAGAUCACGGCAGAGGGGGCAAUGAUGAAGAGACCACCCCCUCGGCUGGAGAAACUGGAGAAGAGGAGGAAGAAGAAGCGAGCACUGACUGAGGAAGAGAUCAGGGAGAAGCUGGAGAGGGCUGAGAGGAGGAAGAGGAGGAAAGAGCAAGAACGACUGGAAAAAAUAAAAGAGAAAGAAAAGACCAACACGAACGACGCGCUGGAACAGUUUGCACAGUUGCAAAGAGAAAAAGAAGAACAGGUGAAUAAAAAACUAGACUCUGUGUCCGACAACCGUGAAAAAUUACUGAAGGAAAGACAGCAAAGACAGAAGGAGCGACAGAGGCGGGCUGAAAUGGUCCGGCAGCGAAAACAGCUAGCAGCCAUGGAAGGCAACGAACAGGAAGAAGACGUCAUACCAACCGGAAACCAACUAGACCGAUCCUAAUACCGCUGUGAAUAAACCUCGCUUUAGACUUUUGUUAUAAUUCUCCCAUUGUGUGGGAACAAGUUGAUUGUAUAUUUUAACAAUGAGGCAUAAUAUCUGGUAGGCAAACAUGCAUAAUCAGUGAGAGGACUUGACUUUUAAUGCAUUUUGAAGUAAACCGGAAGUUCUGACGUUUUCCGUUGAAGUUAAUUAUAAUGUCAGUAUUUAAAUCAGUAUUGUGUUUUGAAUGGUUGGUUGUUACGAUUUUACGCCGUUUUUGGUGACGUUGCGGCCACACAUUUGUGAUGUUAAAAGUGCAGUAUUUUCAUCCAGCAUUUAAUGUUGAGUUACUAUUCAGUAUUAUUGAUACCUCGAUUUAUAGACAUAUGAACUGUGAUCAGAUAUAUUUCAAAUAUGUCUUUAUUUAUUCAGAUUUAUUGUAGUUAGUUUUGAAUUAACUUUCUUUGAUUAACUUACUCAAAGAGAGAAAAAAUAAUUUAUCACAACGUUAAUAGUUUAGUUUUGUAAGAUGUUAAACUGUUUGAUGAUUAUGUUAUUAAAAUGAUUAUUAUGAUG